GAGAGACUCCUUACCAGUUAGUGGCGAUAAUCCACUUUUUUUAAUGAAAUAAAACUCAAGAAGAAGAAGGAAGUCGAAAUAACACGGACUGAUGGCUUCAGCAGGAGCAAAUAUCAUCGAUUAACAGUUUCGGAGCUCACGGUCUGAUCUUCGCUACCACACAGUGAUUGUGAAUCCACAUUCAGAGUAAUUCACCAAUAAAUGCUCUGAAUAUUCCUGUCAUCUUUGAAUCAAAGUCACAUUUCCAGAAGAGCAGGACAAAGUUCAAGCAGCAAAGAUGGAUUUUAUUAAAGGGGAGAGAGAGGACACGGGUUAUCCAGAAAUAUACAUAGUGAAAAUCGAAGAUACUGAGGAACGAACUGGCCUAAUGGAAGUAAAAACGGAAAGACAAGAACUAGAUGAAGUGGAGGAGGAAACAUCGUGUCAGUUUAGUUGCUCACAGACUGGAAAUAAUUCCUCACAGCAAACAACCGAAAGGACAGAAACUACAAAUUGUUUCACCUGCCCUAAUUGUGAAAAGAGUUUCACACGUAGAUCCACCCUAAAGGAACACCUGAGAAUACACACUGGAGAGAAUCCUUUCACUUGUGCUCAGUGUGGAAAUAGUUUCAGACAAAAAGGACAACUUACCAGUCACAUGAGAAUUCACUCUGGAGAGAAGCCUUACAAAUGCUCUCAGUGUGGAAGGAGUUUCUCAAGGAAAGAACACCUUAAAAGGCACAUGAUCGUUCACGUGGAAGAGAGGCCGGUCACAUGCCGUAAAUGUGGACAGACAUUUAAAUAUUUAAAAGGACAAUGUCAUCUUCACUCUCUGCACACUGAAGAAAAGUCAUUAAACUGUGAUCAGUGUGAUAAAAGUUUAAUCUCAGAAUCAGACCUGCAAAUUCACAAGAAGCCCCAUUUGUGCUCUUUCUGUGGAAAAAGGUUUUCAUGCCUGAACUGUUUCAAAGAACACCAGGAAAUUCAUACUGGGAAAACAUAUGUGUGCCCUGAGUGCGGUGAUGUCUUUAGAGGAGCCGGCAACUUGAAAUUACACCAGAGAGUCCAUAUUAAAGAAAAAACAAGCGUUUAUAAUGUGUGUAGAGUUUCACUCACUCAGGAGUCCUGAAAAUGAAAGGAGAAAAUCCUUACAGUCUUCAAGUGGGAAGUUUCCCCACAUCAUGCACCCAAUUGAGAAAAAAAAGCAUUGUGGAAAAGCUGCUUUUCAGGUUCAUCUUCAGGUCCAAUGCUUUACACAGUGUAGAAUUUCAGGUAAAACUAAAGAUGAAAGAAAUUGCUCUUUUGGUAGAAAGUUUGAGUAUUUAGGAAUUACUUUUUUUUUUAUUAUGGUUGGUAGCAGUAUGAAAUAGUAAUAUAAUAUACAUUUUGGGGGCGGCUGUGGCUCAGUUGAUAGAGCGGGUUGGCCACUAAUCGCAGGGUUGGUGGUUCGAAUUCCGGCCCACAUGACUCCACAUGCCGAAGUGUCCUUGGGCAAGACACUGAACCCAAAGUUGCUCCCAAUGGCAGGCUAGCGCCUUGCAUGGCAGCUCUGCCACCAUUGGUGUAUGGAAAUUCUAAGGAAAUACAUUUUGGUAAUUCCAGUAUUCAUAUAAAGUUUUUGCUUUGUGAAAACAACUCUAAAUUGGGCAUGGUUCAUAAUACAUCUGUUUUUUUUUAUUCUGUCCACAAUUAUAUAGUGGAAACCCUGGAAUUGUCAGGGAAUUUCAAAAUAGUCAUUUCCGGGGGUCACGUGAUGCCACCUAACUGAGAGGAGCGAUCCACGCCUCCCACUCACACACUACCCUUUUAAAGCAUAGUUUGCUCAUAUUUUUAGACAUAUUUAUAUGAAACGAUUGCGUGACAAUGCCUAGCAGAGGCAGUAAUCUCCGAAAUGUGGAAAGAUGGGUAAAACAACUAUGAAAGACAUAAAAGGUGACGGGUUAGUGGAGACUAUGCACGUUUUUUCUUUUUUCUCUUGGCCGAAUAUUUUUGUUUAGUGCGAGAAACUUCAUUAGUGGUAAAACUACUCCAGUAUCAUGUUCUCCUGUUUAACUAUGUUUGUGUUUUGUUAUUUUCUCUUAUGGUUAAUAUUUGUCUUGGUUGCUGUUGCACCAAUGAGAAGCAGUUGUUAUGCAUUCUGGAUUUUGUCUCUUGGGGAUUUAACUGGGUUGGGUGGCUAGUGUGCGGCCCAUUGUUUGUGGAUUGUUUUUUUGCUUUUCAUUUGCAGUAUUCCUAUUUUUAUUAUUGUACUACAAUCUUAUGAGUAAAUUCAAUAUACCAUCCCUUAAUGUGAAGGGGUUGAACCACGUGUGUAAACGCAAGAAAGUUCUGUCCUUGUUGAAAAAAGAAAAGGUUCAAGUUGCCCCAUUUAAAAAAAACUCACCUGAAUGAUAUUGAACAUGCAAAAUUACAACGAGACCAAGUGGCUCAGAUAUUUUUCUCUUCUUUUAAAUCUAACAGUAGAGGUGUCGCUAUACUACUACAUAAGCAUUUCCACUUUAAACUUGAGCAUGAUUAAAGAUAAAGAAGGCAGAUAUGUGAUUAAUUCUGGCUACCUGUAUGGAGAGAUGGUAAUGAUAGGCUCAGUGUAUGCCCCUAAUUCUUUCAAAAAAUGUUUUUUUCCAUCGUUGUUGAGAGAUGCAGCAUCUUGUCUCAGCCCAUUCACAGUCCUGGGUGGAGAUUACAACUGUGUCAUGAAUGCUGACCUUGACCAAAAACUGUAACUGCCUGUCAGAGACGGUAGAAACUAUAGAGCUUUAAGCGAUUUAUGUAACGACCUUAACCUCCUGGAUAUGUGGCGACUUCUGAUUGAAGUUUUCACUUUUUAUUCCGCUCCACAAAAGUCUUUCUCUGGUGUAGACUAUUUCUUUGCUUCUAGGUUAGCUUGGGAUAGAACUAUAUCAUUUGACAUUGGAUCAAUUUCUAUUUUGGACCAUGCACCUUAAAGUAUAAGAUUUGAACCCCCCUUUAGGGACCCUUCAUGUAAAUCUUGGAGGCUCAAUUACUCAUUAUAUUACAGUCCAAAUGUUUUCUAUUACCUGGAAAUGCAGUGGAACUACUUUCUAGAAACUAAUGAGUCACUGGGUGUUUGCCAUUUAAUCUUAUGGGAAACAGGCAAAGCUUUUAUGAGAGGUGCCAUAAUUUCUUAUGCUUCAUUGAGGAAGGAGGAGACCAUUAGAAAACAGAUGGAACUUGAGUCUAAACUGGCAGAUUUAGAAUCCAGGUUUAAAAGUUCAUUAGACAAGCACUUGUAUAGGGCAAUGCAGACGAUCAGAUCAGCUCUUGAACAACUUUAUAUGCAGAAAGCUUAAUACUCUUUAUUUUUUGCCAGGUUGAGAAUAUAUGAAUCGGGAAAUAAACCAGGAAGACUGCUGGCAAGACUGGUUAAAGGCAGACCGUCAGCUAAUGUAAUAUCCUCAUUAAAAGACAACAGUGGUAAAACAAUUUUUUUAUUAGUCGAUAAACUCAUGACAGAAUAUUAGUCCCCAUCUUGUCAUCUGGAAAUGUCAUGGACAUUUUCCUAGAGGGUUUAAACCUCCCUAGAUUAAGUGAGGACGAUAGGGAAGUUUUAUCAUGUAAUAUUACAAAGGAGGAGGUCCUGAAGGCAAUUGGUUAAUUGAAGAAUGAUAAAGCUCCAGGACCGGAUGGUUUAGGUCUGGAUUUUUAAUAAAAAAUGCAGACAUUUAUUUAGUGAUAACAACUACGCAAUGCUUACUUUUCAUCGUUUGAAAAGGGAACGCUACCUCAAUCAUCAGGCAAAUAUAUUUCUUAUUCUUAAAAAGAAUAAACCUCCAUACGAGUGCUCAGCGUAUCAUCCAAUUUCAUUCAUUAACCCUGAUUGCAAGAUUUUUUUCUAAGGUACUAGCUAGAAGAUUGGAGACAUUUUUGUCUUAUUCAAUUAAGGUUGACCAAACAGGAUUCAUAUGUGACUGUCAUUCGUUUACCAACAUGCAGCUUCUUCUCUGUAUCAUUCAAUAUUAUUAUCAGACCCAUCAAAGAGUCCUUGUGGCUUCACUCAAUGCAGAGAAGGCGUUUGAUCACGUAGAAUGGACAUACUUAUUUGAGGUGUUGCAGCGCUUUGGACUGGGAAACGACUUUGUGAAAUGGAUUCAGAUACUUUAUAGCUCACCACAAGCCUCUGUUCUGAUGAAUGGUAUGCUUUCUCCUGCCUUUAGUCUUCGAGGAACCCAGCAGUUGUCCCCUGUCACGAUUACUCUUUGCCUUGGUUCGUAAACCAAUAGCAGAGGCCAUUCGAAGUCACACAGAUGUAGGGGGUAUUGAAAUUAAAGGGAUGAAAUUAAAAUUAUAGAUGAUAUGUUGUUGUUUUUGACUGUCAUUAAAAUAACAUACAUUUUCAGUUCCUUCUCAGGUUAUAAAAUAAACUUUUUAGCAAAUCUGAGGCGAUGCCACUUGGAGCAUUUGGUGACAUAAAGGCUAUGCCCAUGUUUCCAUUUAAAUGGUUGGUCGACUGUUUCGGUUAUUUGCUAAUUCAUGUUUCUACAAAUUUAAAUGGGAUUUAAAUACCUUCAUCUUAAUUGCACCCCUGUUGUUAAUAAAAUUUUUAAAGACUUUGUCAGGUGGAUGGACCUGCAUUUAUUAUGGUUGGGUUGGAUAGGGUUAAUUAAUAUGAACAUUCUUCCCAGACUACUGUACCUAUUACAAAUUACUCCACUUAACCUUUGCAAGAACAUGAUUAGUGAUUUGGAAAGAUGGUUUUCGAGGUUCAUCUGGCAUAAGAAGAAACCUAGGUUAAAAAUAUCCAAACUGCAGUUACCAGAUAAUGUAGGUAGGUGGUCUGGCCCUCUAGAACUGCUCUUGCCAUGCUAGAAUUCUCCACAAGUGGUGUCAGGAUGGGUAUUCUGUUUCUGAUGUUGAUUCGUUUUUUUUUACCCUACCAUACUCUCCGCUUGGCUUACUUAAUGGGGAUCUAAGCAAAACUAUGAUAAAUAUGAAAUGUAUCCCUUUUCUCCAGGGAACAUUUAAGGUAUGGUUUGAUAUCUGUAAAUUUUAUGGUGGGAACAAUUCCACAGUUUUACUGAUGCCUCUCAUAAGGAACUUGUUCCAGGGGUAAAAGACCGUGUAUUCCAUCAUUGGUAUAAAAAGGAAUCAAGUUUCUACUUCACUUGUGUAGGUGACUCACUUUUAUCAUUUCAGCAGCUACAAGAUAAAUGUAAUAUUCCAAAACAGCAUUUGUUUGGUUACUUACAAAUUAAACAUCUUAUAUUAACUCAGAUCCCCCACCCUUCUCCUAGUUUGUCAAAAGCAGCACUGGUUGAGUUACUUCUCUCAAGAUAAGUUAAGAAAAAUUAUUUCAGCCUUUUGCUCUUUAUUUCUUAAACACACUGUUCCCAGUACUCCAGCCUAUAGGGGUGUGUGGUAGAAAGACUUUGGUAGUACCACCAAGAAUGAAGAUUGGGAGAAAGCCUUCAAACAUACUGGUAGUACAUUCAGCUGCAUUGAAGCAAGGGAAAUGCAGUUUAAAAUUGCUCAUCUCCAUUGCACCCAUUAUAUCCUUAAUAAAACAAACCUGCAAAGAUCAUCAAAGUGAUCGUCUGUUCAAAGUGCAAGAGUGGCAUUGGUACACAUAGUCAUAUAUUAUGGUCAUGUCCAUCAAUCUCACAAUUUUGGAGCAAGGUUCAAAGGAAAUUAGGAAAAAUAUUUGGUUAUGCUGUGGGUAAAGAUAGGACUGGUACAUAAUCUGACAUUCACACCGGGGGAUAUAAAUCUUGUACAGAAACUGCUUUUUACUGGCCGAAGAUUGGAUUAAGGAUAAACCACCAUCAAUUCGCAUGUGGUAUCAGGAGAUUUUCUAGUUCUUAAUUUAAAGGGAAUGUAAAUGUGUUUUGACAUACCUGGUCUCCAUUAAACCCUCUCAGAUUCAAUUAAUGAAACUUUAGAGCUUGGUCAAUCAGACAUUUCUUGGAAAAUGUAGUAACUUUGUUGCAUAUUAUAAUACUGCUGCUUUGUAUGUGCACUAUCCUGGGUGAGGGUGGGUGAGUUUUCUUUUUUGCUCUGUACUUUAAUAGUUUUGUCCUUUUUAUUUUAAUCUUUCUUUGAAUAUUGUCUGUCAUUAUUGUUCAAAAUCAAUAAACAUUCAAUAAUAUGUCAUUUCCAGGCCUGGAACAGUCACUGAUGUGCAAUAAAUUGA